GAGAGAGAGAGAGAGAGAGAGAGUCCACUGCUGCUGCCCACAAACACACCCAGGGUGUUGUGACCUGACAUCGGGGCAUCUUUGAAGUUGCCGCAGAUUGGAGUGACUGUGGAGGGAGUGGCGGCUGAAGGAGCAGGGGGCGCGUGAGUGACAGAGCAGCGGGCGCGCGUGUGGCCGAGGAGCGAGGGCGCGUGAGUGGCCGUCUACGAGAGGAGGAGGGGAGUUGGAAAGUGGAGGAAUCCAUGCUCGUACGGACUGGAGGCGACCAUCAGUGUUCUGUUCUAAGAAAGAACGUCAGAAGAGCCUAAACAACCUGAAAGUUUCUCCAUUUUCACUUGAAAUCGUGGGAUUUUCACCCCAGUGAACGUGCAGAGUGUGCAGACAGCAGCGUUUUCCCUGCUUCGGACUUCACUGACUACUUUUAUCCGAACCAACAUCAUUCUGUCCCGUCUGGGUAAAGUGAUGGAAACGUUCCUGGUCGUCCUCUGCUUCUGGCUGCUGCUCGGCGCUGGCUCCUCAGGACUGGAAGUGACCAAGGUGGUUGUACCAGAAGGAAGUGACGCCGUCUUGAAUUGCUCCUUCACCUCUGAAACGCACCUUCGUUUACAGACGUUUGACUGGAAGAGACACGACAAGGAGGUUUUCUUCUACGAUCAAGGCAAACAUUACAAUAAUGGCCUUUCAGGUCAGGAUCCACAGUUCAAAGGUCGUGUUUCACAUUUCAACGACCAACUGGAGUAUGGCAACGCCUCCAUUCUCAUCAAGAACACACAAGUCAACGACAGUGGAACCUACAGCUGCGUCUUUCCACAUUUAAAGGAAGAGAAAGUCUACAUCCAACUUGUUGUUCAGCCCACCUUUAGAGACCGAUCAGGACAGAACAGAGAUGCUGUUUCAAAGGUUCACACUGAGAUCCUCGAUGCCACCAACGCCGGGGUGCUGCUGAGGUGUGAGGUUCAAGGUGCUUUUCCUAAACCUAACGUCACUUGGGAGGACGAUGGUGGAAAUCCGGUUACAGCCUCAGAACCUCAGAUCUCCUCCAGAGGAGGCCGAUAUGACGUCUUCAUCACUGCUCACGUCACCAAAACUGCAACCAACAACUUCUGCUGUGUGGUCAGACAGGAGGAGAUCCUCCAUGAGUUCAAAGAGAAGCUCUAUGUUCCAGGUAAGAUGUUCCAGGUGUGUGAAGAUGACAGCUCUCUCAAAAACAUCAUUUCAAGACAUAUUGGAUUGUUGAUUGUAAUUUUGAUUGGCGGAUUACUGGUUGGAGUUUUUGGAACUCUUGGAGUGAUGUGGAUCAAAACAAGAUGUCAACCAGAUCCUGAGGCGGGGAAUCAUAACUAUGCUCCUGCCAACACAGCUCCUCCCACUGAUGGAGACCGUGAGAAUGAGUAUAUACCAAAUGGUCAUCUUCCACCCAGUGGUGAUAUUAAACUGCAGGUCAUCAAUGGGAUGUAGGUCUUUGAUAUUUCUUCAGAGAAAGAGCAUGAAGCAGAGUUACAAACUCACAACAAGCUGACUGCAUCAUAGAGACAUUUGGCACACGAUCAGAAGGUUUUCGGAUGAAGAAAUGGUCUCUAUGAUCAUGGAGCUGGUUCCAUGUGACGCCUGGAGGAUGUUCCAGAGAGGAUCUCCUGCAGCACAGGAAGGCCUCACGGUCGCCGUGGAAACACGUCUGGUGUGACUGUGAAUGUGGACAUUCCUGAUUGUUGAAUAUCUGUAAUGAAUUAAGUCAUUACAUUAUAGAGGGGAUGUUUUAUUUUUUUAAACUAAUUUAGGAAAGAAAAACGAAGGUCUGUGAAUCCUGCCGUCCAUCAGUGCCUUCAAACAAAUGAUGGAACCCUCAGUUUGUCUUCCUGACAGCCAGCUGCUGUCCUUGUUUGCCCAUGUUACCCUCACAGGGCAGCUGAUGGAGGCUGAAGAGACAAUCUGGAAACACACAGGAAGAACAUGCAGACUCCACACAGAGACUGGUGCUGAUUUUUACAUCCAAUCCUGAAAAUGUUGUUCUUUUUUAAUCAUUUCUGUUGAUAUUUAUUCUGCUGGUUUGUGUUUCAUGAAAGUUAUUAAGCUACACUUUGCAUUAUUACCAAAACUAUUUGCUCACCUGCCUUCACAUGUAAAUGAGCUUGAGUGACACUGACAGCCCAUUCUUAAGCUAGAAGAAUUAAUGUUUAGGAUUUUUGUAGAAUGUAUUUUAUAUGUAGUAUUUUAUAUAUAACAGCUUCACCUCUUGUAGGGAGGCUUUCUGUAAUGCUUAAGAGUGUGUUUCUGGUAUUUUGGACCUAUGUGAGGUGACACACUGGUGUGGGAGGAUGAGGCCUGGCUCACAGUCUGGGUUCUGUCAGGUUGACUCUGGACUCUGUGCCGGCUGCUCAAACUGGAUCCUCCAGGUCUUUAUAGACCUGCUUGUGUGCAGUUAUGUUGGAACAGGAAGGGGUCAUCUCCAAACUGUUCGCACAGAAACCCUAACCGACAAGUUGAAUGUGAAAUUGUCCAAAUCUGCUGAAGCUUUCAGAGUUCUUUUCACUGGAACUGAGGGGCAGCUGAACUCUCCAGACUGCAGCUGCUUGGCCCUCAAACCCUCCAUGAAGCUCAACAUGAAGGUUGGAGGGCUGUUCCUGUUGUAAAAUCAUGGAUUUAUUUAAUUAGUUUUCUGAUAUGUGGUGCUUUAAGCAUCUUUAUCAUCACAUGAUUUUGUUUCAUCCAGUUUUUGAAAGUGAUGCUAAGAUGUUUUUAAAUGACCAAAAAACAUUCCAACUUAAACUGUACAGCAGUGUGUUUAUACCUUUGUUUUUACACUGAGUUUAACAUGCAUUAAUAAUACACACACACACCACACACACACACACACACACACACACACAAAGUGAAUGUUUGGGGGACUGGUUAUAUUUGGUGAAGUGCAAUUAAAAGUUAAUUUCUUUUAAACUUCCAGACAUAUUGUAUUUUUUUAAUCAGUUCAAUGGUGAUGUGUUUUCCAACAAAAUUUCAUUCAAAUGUGCACCAGCUGGUGAAUGUUGUACUUGACAAUUAAUAUUCUAUUCUUUUCUACUGUCUGUUGUAUGUGGAUAUGUUGUAAGUGUUCUUUUAUUAACAUUUGUAUUUGUUAUCCUGAAACUGGAAUAUUUGAAUGGGAUUUUGGUUUUAUUAUGAAU